ACUUGCCUGAGCAUAAGACUCAUGAAAUUUGUAACUUAUUGAUGAGCAAUAUAGAGGGCUUCCCUGCUUCAUGUUUAAAAUAAAUUUGGAGGACUCACAAACUGAGUGGAAAUUAUUGCAGUAACAUAUGGGACCCUGUGCGGCUAAUUAUAUCAACGAUAUGGGAUGGAUUUGCAAGAUUUUGGCAUGGUUAUGAGCUACAUGGCACAGAAAACAUACCAGAUGGGCCAGGCCUAAUUAUUUAUUACCAUGGAGCAGUUCCUAUGGACUACGUAUACUUUUUGGCUAGAUUUUUUAUUCUGAAGCGCAGGUGUUGUUACUCAAUAGCAGAUGAUUAUCUUUUCACAUUUCCAGGUAUUAAAGCAUUAACUGGUGUGUCAGGUAUUAUACAAAAUAAAAAGGAAGUGUGUUUAAAUAUUCUAAAGAAGGGCAAGCUACUCGGAAUUUCGCCGGGAGGAAUGAGAGAAGCACUCUUUAGUGAUAAAUCAUACAAGCUUGUAUGGCAUAAGCGUAAAGGUUUCGCUCAGUUAGCUAUAGAUACUAAAGUGCCUAUAAUCCCAAUGUAUACACAAAAUGUUCGGGAAGGAUUUAGGAUCGUUGGACAAACAACUUUAGCUAGGAGGCUAUAUGAAUAUGUUCGAAUUCCCAUCAUUCCUCCUUGUGGUGGAUUUCCAGUGAAAUUUCGUACUUACAUUGGAGAACCCAUUCCAUAUAAUCCAAAUAUAACUGCUGUGGAAUUAGCUGCAAAGACCAAAAUUGCACUCCAGUCAUUAAUUAAGAAGCACCAGCAAAUUCCUGGAAGCAUCUGUCAUGCUUUAAUGGAAAGAUUUGAUUUCAUAAAGAAAAGAAAAAGGAAUAAAUGGAACAGAUGUUAUGAUUAGGCAGAGCGAGGUAACACACUGUUAAUUAUGACUCUGAGAAUCAUAAAAGGUAUCAAAAUUAAUUUUUAAUUCAGUAUUAAACUUUUUCUGACAAGGAAAGAAUAAAGUAUUGUGUGAUUUUUCAUCUGCAUGCAAAAAUAACUUGAGUGGCUUUUAACAAGGCUGUUAAGACAUGGAUGUACUCCCAGGUUGGAGUGUUAGUAAGAGACUGUGAUGUGGUUACAGGUAGGCCGUAAUUAGUGCAAGUUUGAAUAAUGCAAUAUUCGAUUUAGUGUCAAUUGUAAUUUGAUACGAGGUUGCAUUUAAUGAGACCCCAAAUUCAGUUAAUGCCAGGAUAGCAUAUGCAUAGUUGCAGUUGGGGUUUUAGACACUGCCCAUCUUCAUGUGUGCAAAAUGGAGAAAAGGAAGAUUCUGUCAGAGGAAAACAGUACAAGUUUUAAAAAGAAAAGGCUUGUUAUACAUUAGAACAAAAAUUUGAUGUAAUUGAACAAGAUGAAUGUGAUCAUAGCAGUGCUAAAAUAGGAUGAGAUGAUAGCAUGCCUGAAUCUAUGGUAGGGUUUU